AUGAACAGUUCCACAUCCGCCGUUAGAGCCACUGCGGCACAACAAUUGGGUGAAAUACAGAAGCAACAUCCUGGAGAAUUAUAUAAUUUAUUACAAAGGGUCGUCGUGCACCUUCGAAGUGACCAGUGGGAGACACGACUGGCUGCUGGACAGGCUAUAGAGGCUAUUGCGAGCAACGUCCCACAGUGGGAUCCGCAAGAACCCGCACAAUCAGAAAAGACGUCCAUUGGAUGUGAUGAUUCAUAUGAAAAUAAACUUACUUUCGAGAGCUUUAAUAUUAACAGUGUAUUGCUGCAUGGAAGGCCGUUAUUAGGGUCUGCCGGAAAGGAAUAUGAUUUAGAUCUAAAUGAUCUCAGUCCCGCAGAGCGACUGGCUCUACAACGAAAAAAUUUAAAGCAGAGAUUAGGAUUAGGCAGUCAAUUUAUGGAUGAGCUAUUGGAUGACGCGGAUAUAAAUGCUGAAGUAUUGUCAUCACCAACAACGUUUGGUGCCACCUCUACGGCAGUGACAACAACAAUGUCUACGAUACCGAGCGCAAUGAUUACAUCACCCAUAAAGCAAGAGUCAACUACACCUCCUCAACUACCCCCGCCGCCGUCUAUAGCACCGGAACCAGACUUAUCAGGAUUGAGUGCAAGAGAGCGGAACAGGCUAAAACGAAAAGCUAAGAAAGACGCGAAAGAUAAAGGAAAGGAAAAAGUCCGUGUUUUAGAUCUUGGAAGCUCGCGGCGUACAGGAAAUGAAACUAGUGGACCUCCUCUAGCGCCGGUUGGCCCAAUAACAUCACCGACAGCAGUCAAAGUGGAAGAUGGACAACCAGAAGAAUAUUUCAACUUUACGCCACAACCAUGUUCAAAUAAAAUAGUGGUAGAGGCAAAAAAGGAUGUUUCCUCGGCAAUUUGCGAAGACCAAAAAAACGAGUGGCCGUUUGAGAGUGUUUGUGAAUUGCUUUGCCUUGAUUUGUUUGAUUCGCGUUGGGAGAUUAGACAUGGUGCUGCCAUUGGUUUAAGAGAGAUUCUUAAAGUCCAUGGGUAUGGAGCUGGACGUUUGAUCGGCUUGACAAAGGAGGAAAACGAACAGAGACAUCAUAAAUGGCUUAACGAUAUUGCAAUACGUCUUUUAUGCGUUUUUGCACUUGAUCGAUUUGGGGACUUUGUGUCUGACCAGGUUGUCGCUCCAGUCCGCGAAACGUGCUCACAGACGAUGGGUGCUCUUCUACGAUACAUGUCACCUGAAGGUGUUCAGAACGUUCACACAGUAUUACUAAAAUUAUUGUACCAAUCCGACUUUGGCGAAUCACAAUCAAUAUGGGAAGUCAGGCAUGCUGGAAUGCUUGGAUUGAAAUAUGCAGUAGCAGUGAGGAAAGAUUUGGUUGAAACUAUGUUGGACGGGACUGUUGGGGCUGUUAUACUUGGGUUACAAGACCGAGACGAUGACGUGCGCGCAGUUGCUGCAUCGAUAUUAUUACCCAUUGCCGAAUCAUUUGUACAGUUAUCGCCCCACAAUAUUCCUCAAGUUGUCAGUGUGCUUUGGGACUGUUUGAAGGAUUUAAAAGAUGAUUUAACCUCAUCCACUGGCAACGUCAUGGAUCUAUUAGGCAAGUCUACAGUUAAAUGGCAAUUUGAUUUUCGGGAAAACAAUCUAAUAACAAAACUUUUUUCUUUUCCAUCGGUGUUGGAAUACAUGCGCACUGCGGCUGCGUCAAAUCCAGCGCAAUCUCUGUCAACUUUGAUACCACGCUUAUAUCCAUUCUUCCGACACACAAUAAUGUCUGUUCGAUCAGCUGUUCUCAACACCCUUUUAACGUUUCUCAGCAUGCAAGAUGUAGAAGAAUGGGUUGAUGAUCGAAUAUUUAGACUUGCGUUUCAGAACAUGAUUGUUGAAGAGAAGCGA